AUGACCUGGGCAGAUUUCGUUCAAGCGUUUAGCAAAAAGUAUUACAGUGCAGUUGUACUGGCAACCAGGGUGGAUGAUUUUGUGACCUUAGUUCAAAGAAACCUUUCUGCUACCGAUUAUGCCCAAAAGUUUGAUAAGUUGGUAAGGUUCGUACCUGAAAUAGUACCAACUGAGGCCAUGCGAGUCCAAAAGUUUAUAAAAAGACUUAAGACCAUGAUUGCUAGAGAUGUCAAGAUGAUUAGUGUCGAGGUGGUUAGUUACACUGAGGUUUUUGAUAAGGCUUUUGAUGUGGAAUACUUAGAAGACCGUAGAUGGAAGGAUAGUGCUGCAAGAAGGGAUGCCAAUAGAAACAAGGGUUUUCAUGAGGGAAACAAGAGGAAGGCACAUGGGGCAGGCACAAAUAAGUGUUAUAAGUGCGAUCAGACAUGCCAUUUGAAAAAUGAUUGCCCACAGUGGAGAACAGGAGCAGGGCAAGGCAGCAAUAGCAAUCUAGUGCCAGCAAGAGUCUUUUCAUUAACCCAAAAGGAAGCAUCCAAUAGUAACACCAUUGUCACAAGUCAACUCCCUAUUUCUGGUAUGAUAUGUAGAGUCCUCAUUGAUUCUGGAGUGACUCACUCUUAUGUUGCUAUGAAUGUAAUUGAUAAACUAGGAUUUCCUUGUAAACUGUUUGAGCAUAGUUUUAGUGCCAUGUUACCAUCAGGAGACAUUAUGUCAUCGACUAGGUGGUUACAAUCAUUUUCCAUAGUAGUUGAGGGCAGAGAGUGCCCAGCAGAUCUCAUAGAGUUAGACAUACCAGAUUAUGACUCUAUAUUUGGCAUGGAUUAG